AUGAAAUGGGUCGCCUUUUCCGACAAUCCCGUGACUCGAAACAUUCCCAAUCUUCCGACAUUACCCGAUCUGGCCGUACUCGACGCCAUUCCCGAUGGACAAGGCGACGUAUUGGGAGAAGGUGGAGGUGGUGUCACUCGGAAAGUGCGCUAUGAUCAAAAUUGGGUCGCCGUCAAGACAUUUCACGGAGCCAUGACGACGGAUGGAUUACCACAAGAAGAACGACGCAUGGCCGCACUGGCGGGGAGUCUGGGCAGUCCGUGUCUCAUUCAAGUACUGGGACAAACCAAAGGGGGUGCCUUGGUCAUGGAAUUCCUGGAUGGCUACCAAAUGUUUGGAGGGCGUCCCAAUUUUGAAACGUGUUGGAAAGAUGUCUACGACGACACUAUCAAUCGACAAGUGACGAGUGAAGAAGCCGAGACGAUUGUCACGGGACUGUUGGACGCGUUGUGCCAAUUGCAUCACGUGGGAAUUUGUCAUGGUGACUUUUACGGACACAACAUUUUGAUUCAAGAAACCAAUUUAGCACAAGUUCGACUGGGGGACUUUGGUGGUGCCUUUUUCUACGACACGGAGUCUCCAUACGCCACGUUGAUUCAACAGUGUGAACUGCGGUCCUUUGCCGUCUUUGUGGAAGAGGUGGUGGAUUGUCUCCAACAGGGCGGCGACAAGAAUCCGGAGACAAUGAAGAUAUCGCUGAGGAACCUCGUCAGUAAAAGUUUGGAAGCAGACACGACAUUCCAACAAACUCAAUCAUGGUGGAAAAUGAAGAAAGGAAACGAAAAGACAGGAAGCGAAAGGCAGGCGACUAGGUAG